AAUAAAACAAGUUGGCGGCCCUGCUGUGGUGGUAUCAGAGAUGUUACCAAGCAAUGUUUGUAUAUGCACAUGGUUGAUUUGAUUGCUUGUGUCUCGACUCUCGUAGUUUGGGGAAUUUAUAUUUGUGUUUAAGAGAUGUGUGUAGAUUGUGUACGGAGAUAAUCCUUGUGUGCAUCAUGUCUGAUAUCGAGUCAGAUGCUGAAAUAGACUACGACUCUGAUUCUCAGCUUCAGGAAGCCUUCGAGAAGGGCGUGUUGAAGCCAGGCCUGAAUGCUGUAGCAGAGGUAGAAAAGAAAACUUUUAAAAAUAAUGUGGUAGAACUUAAAAAGUGCUUGUCAGGAUUUCGAUUGGGUCUUCCAUGGAUUGAACGGCUUGACCUUGUUACUGGUCAUGCCCCCCUCGCACCAGAGUUAGCAGCGAAGCUGGAAGAGACGCAGACUGUGCGUGCAAACAAACUGAAAAACACUAAGAAGGGGACAAAGCCGUUAGACCCUGCAGAUGACCCAGUUGUGAAUGACUUCAAGCGUGAAAUGAAUUUUCAUAGACAGGCUCAAGCUGCAGUUAUAGAGGCUCUUCCUAGACUCAAAGACCUUGGUAUACCAGUGAAGAGACCUGAUGACUACUUUGCACAGAUGGCGAAAUCGGAUGAACACAUGCAAAAGGUUCGGGAACAUCUUCAGAAAAAACAACAUGCUGCUGAACGCAGUGAGAAAGUUCGCCAAAUACGACAAAUGCGUAAAAUGCAGAAACAAAUUCAAGUGCAGAGUAAACUCAAGAGAGCCAGUGAAAAGAAAGAAAUGUUGGAGGAAGUAAAGAAAUUUCGCAAGAAGGUGCGGCAGGAUCUUGACUUUUUGGAUGACAAAAAGCCACAACAGAGAAAGUUGAAUGCUCAAGGGUCUAAGUUCGAUGGCAAAAAGAAAUGGGCACAAGCUAAGAAGAAAUACAAGGACAAGAAAUUUGGAUUUGGAGGGAAGAAAAGGGGCUCGAAGACGAAUACAAAAGACAGUUUUGCUGACAUGUCAGAAUUCCGAAAAUCGAAGAAAAACAAAAUGAAAAAACAGUCAAGACCUGGGAAAAGUAAAAGGAUAAAACAGAAAGCUCGUAGAAAGAACUGAAAAUGCUGUUACAGCAACUGACUGUAAUUAAAUAUUAAGUUUUUUAAAAAUUUUGUGGGUAUUUAAGCUGUGACUAGGACAGUUUGAUGAGUAAAGUGAUUAUUUACAUUAAAAA